AUCAAAUGGAUAUGUAGCUCUACUCUUUGUAAUUAUCCAAAAACAAUGGCAUCUGCUGCUUCUACUGUUGACAACUUCCUUCCAGUGAUCAGUGUUCAGGAGCUCAUCAAACAGCCUUUCGUCUCAGUCCCACAAAUCUAUGUUCAGUCUGAUCAUGGAACCUUCAAGCCUGAUGCGUCUCCAUCAGUUCCCACUAUUGACUUCAGCCGCCUGCUUUCAGAGGAUUCUGCAGAUUUGGAGCUUCAGAAGCUGCACUCUACCUGCAAAGAAUGGGGCCUUUUCCAGUUGGUGAAUCAUGGAGUUAGCCCUUCAUUGCUGAAUAAUCUGAAGAAUGAGAUUGAAGAAUUUUAUAAUCUGCCUUUAGAAGAGAAGAUGAAAUUCAAAGUAAGGCAAGGUGAUGUUGAAGGCUAUGGAACAGUGGCCAGAGUUGGAGGAAAUUUUGAUUGGGGUGACAGAUUCUUCAUGGUAACCAAUCCCAUCCAUAGGAGAAAAACUCACCUUCUCCCAGAGCUCCCUUCAUCUAUGAGAAGAAACUUGGAAAGUUACAUACUGGAACUGCAAAAACUUUCCAUGAAACUUGUUGGGUUUCUGUCAAAAGCUCUGACGAUCGACGGGAAGGAGAUGGAGGAGAUGUUUGAUGAUGGGAUGCAAUCUCUGAGGAUGACAUAUUAUCCGCCAUGUCCACAACCAGACCUAGUUCUUGGAAUUACUCCUCAUUCAGAUGCAACAGGCUUCACAAUUCUCAAUCAGAUUAAUGGAGUUGAUGGUCUUCAGGUUAAAAAAGAUGGAGUUUGGAUUCCUGUGAGCUUCCUCGAAGGUUCUCUUGUAGUAAAUAUAGGAGACAUACUUGAGAUUUUGAGCAAUGGGAUCUAUCACAGUAUAGAGCACAGAGCAACAGUGAAUUCAGAGAAAGAAAGAAUUUCAAUUGCAUUUUUCGUCAACCCUAAAUUUGAAUCAGAGGUUGGACCUGCAACUGCACUGAUUAACUCACAAAAUCCUCCAUUAUUUAGAAGAGUGGCGAUGGAGAAAUAUGUGAAGGACUUCUUCUCUCGUAAGCUCAAUGGAAAAUCAUAUUUGGAGCAUAUGAAAAUUCAGCUUGAAGAUGACUAUUAGCUACGCAUAUAUAAAUUUCAAAAAAAAAAAAAAGAAAAAUUAUACGCAUCGUAUGUAUAUGAAGUAUAUACGUGGAAUAUAUUUCACUUUCAGUGUUGUUCAUGUGUACUUGUACACGUAUAGGACAAUGAAAAAUAAAUAAAUUAUUCCUAGUAUUUUCGUGAAUGUAA